AUGGGUCAAACCCUUUCCGAGCCCGUUGUCGAAAAGCAUUCGGGCAGCGGACAAGAUGAUCGCAUCUUCUACGGAAUCUCAUGCAUGCAGGGAUGGCGCAUCAGCAUGGAGGAUGCCCAUGCCACUAUCCUCGACCUGCAACCUCUCGAAGGCGAAGACUUGAAGCCUGCCGCAUCUGAUGUCCGCAUCAGCUUUUUCGGUGUCUAUGACGGUCACGGUGGAGACAAGGUCGCCAUUUACACCGGCGAACAUCUGCACAAGAUCAUCGCAAAGCAGGACGCCUUCAAGAACAAGGACUUUGAACAAGCCCUCAAGGACGGUUUCCUCGCCAUUGACAGAGCCAUCCUCAGCGGUUCAUACGAGGAGGAAGUCUCUGGAUGUACCGCCACCGUUGGCAUUGUAACCCACGACAAGAUCUACGUCAACCGUUCUCGGUGUCAAGGGCAGAGCGAAGCCUCUCUCCUUCGACCACAAGCCCCAGAACGAGGAAUCUGCGCCGCCGGUGGCUUCGUUGACUUCGGUCGUGUCAACGGCAACCUUGCCCUUUCCCGCGCCAUUGGUGACUUCGAGUUCAAGAAGAGCGCCGACCUGCCCCCUGAGCAGCAAAUCGUCACCGCUUACCCCGACGUGACCGUUCACGACCUGUCCGACGACGACGAGUUUGUCGUGCUUGCAUGCGACGGUAUCUGGGACUGCCAGUCUUCGCAAGCCGUUAUCGAAUUCGUCCGCCGUGGAAUUGCAGCAAAGCAGGAGCUGUCUGCCAUCUGUGAAAACAUGAUGGACAACUGCCUGGCCUCGAACAGCGAGACGGGUGGUGUUGGCUGCGACAACAUGACCAUGUCGGUUGUUGCUCUGCUCAACGGCAAGACCAAGGAAGAGUGGUACCAAAUGAUUGCGGACAGAGUCGCAAACGGUGACGGACCCUGCGCACCCCCAGAGUACGCCUCUCUGGUGACGAGCCCUUGUCUAAUACGAAUUGCCAUGUACANNGCCGAGUUCAAGGGACCUGGUGUGCACCACCGCUUUGACAACGACAGCCCGGACGAGUACGACAUGGAUAUGGAGCAACGUUCGCGCAUGCUUAGUGGGCACCCUGGUCGCGUCAUUCUGCUUGGUGACGGCACAGAAAUCAUGACGGAUUCUGGAGAGAACGACACGGACAUGUUUGACCAGAGUGACGACGAGGAGAAAGACCUCGCCAGCCAGGUCAGCAAGGGACAAGAGGACGGCAAGAACGGAUCGCAAGAACAGGGCAAGCAGGGCACCGGUGAGACGUCAACACCCGCAGAGCCCAAGAUGGGCGGUGUUCUAGACUCGGCAUGA